UUUAAUUCUGUGUAGCGUCUCGCACAGGCUGAUCCUCUCAACCGCAAGGAGGCCGGCCACAAGCAGUACAAUUUCAACAAAUCAAAUGCUGCGGUCUCAGAGAUUACCCGGUGAUGCUGAAGAAUGUGGAUUUUACAGUAGGGUUCCUCCUCAUGUUGUCUUUUAUUUCCCGAGCGAUUAAAUACACGGGGGGGCUUUACAAACUUAAAUAUAGGUCUGACCCACUCUUUCUGUUGAUGGUGUGAUAUUCUAUGCCGUCGGUUAGUCUCGAAAUGUAUGAAAAACAAUAGGCUUUUGGAAUUCAUUGUAGUCUAGGAUGCACUCGACGUAGAGGUUUUCCUUCUCACGUUGGUUACAAGCGACUCUGAUCAACAAACGCAGAGAUGCUGUAAUUGGAGUGGACCAGGAAGUACCAGAGAGGAGAAGGAGGAGGAGGAGGAGGAGGAGGAGGAGGAGGAGAGGAGGGAGGAGGAGGAUACCACCAUGAAAGGUCUGAGUGCCUCCAGGUUCUGCUUCUACUUGGGUUUCGUAGUGGGGACUCUCAGCCUGUACCUCUUCCUGCGCCAGCUAUGGUUUGAAAGGAGCAUGGAGCUCCCUGUGCUGGGAGGGGUCCAGGGCAGCUCAGUAGCAGCGGUGGCAGAGGAGAGGCAGGCCAGUGUGGAGAGAGCAGCCCUCAUCAAUCUCAACGUCCCGCACCACACAGGUGAGGACAGUCGCGUGGCAGAUGAGUUGUACCAGAAGGUGCGCAUCCUGUGCUGGGUGAUGACAGGCCCCAGUAACCUGCAGACCAAGGCCCGCCAUGUCAAGGCCACCUGGAGCCGCCACUGCAACGUGGUGGUCUUCAUGAGCUCUGUCGACGACCCAGACUUCCCCACCGUAGGGCUGGGGACAGGGGAGGGCCGCGACCAGCUCUACUGGAAGACCAUCCGGGCCUUCCACUAUGCCCUGGAGCAUCAUGGGAACGAAGCCGACUGGUUCCUCAAGGCGGAUGACGACACCUUCGUAGUGGUGGACAACCUCCGCUGGGUCCUGUCCAAUCACACGCCCGAGGAGCCCCUCUACUUCGGCAAGCGCUUCAAGCCCUACGCCAAGCAGGGGUACAUGAGUGGCGGAGCGGGGUAUGUGUUGAGUAAGGAGGCCCUCAGGAGGUUCGUGGAGGGGUUCAAGACCAAGGUGUGUACCCAUACCACCUCUGUGGAGGACUUGGCUCUGGGACAGUGUCUGGAGAAGAUGGGGGUUCUGGCCAUGGACUCCAGGGAUACAUGGCAACGGGAGACGUUUCAUCCAUUCGUGCCGGAACACCACCUGACUGGGAAGUUCUCCAAGAGCUUCUGGUACUGGAACUACUGCUACUACCCCAUCGUGGAGGGUCCCCAGUGCUGCUCAGACCUGGCAGUAUCCUUCCACUAUGUGGACGCAGAGCUGAUGUACACACUGGAGUACUGGACCUACCACCUCCGUGCCUACGGCUACAGAUACCGCUACAGACCUCCACUACCCCAGGGCCUGGUGGAGCGGCUGGCCCAGUCGGAAAGGGUCACUGUGGGGGCAGCUGGUAGAGGGACAAUACCAGCUGGUAUUAUUGUUGUUGGUGGUGGAGACCAGUCCAAAAUGGAGGCAGUGUCAUAUAAAGGGGCUGCGAGGGAAAGUAGAAUCCCUAUGGACAAUAACAGGACUGCAGUCACACAGGAGAGACAGCAGUGAUUCUCUUUGGGCCGACUCCUAACUUCCACUUAAGUGGAAUGUGAACGUGGUCAUGCAUUGGUGUCAUUUGGGACGGUUUGAUUUGAAGCGUUUGAAUGUGUUUUUUUAAGGUGAUAACGGGAGUGUGUUGUGGUGUGUGAUGGAAACAGGACUUGUGAAAUGGUCAUGCCAGGAACAGGUUCUAUAUUUCCAACGUUGUGCACCAGUUCCACCACAGUUCAGGUUUAAUUGGUUGUGGGGGAUUUUAUUCAUCCAUAUACUGUACAACUUUUUACUUGAAUGUGUUAACUGUUUUUUAUCAAUAUCUGUUGUUCUUUUAUCUGAUAUUCUGUUUGAAUUCCAAUAGUAUGCCGUUAGUGACCAUGCAUCUGUAUAAACUUCCAGAGCAUUUACUUCAUGAGGCCCACGCUGCAUAAAAACAUUCUGACCUGGACAUUUCCUAUAGCAUGAUAUCAAGCAUUUCUGUGUCUUAGAUGUUGAUUUGGAAAAUCAUCAUUUCCACAACUAACAGUGCUCCUGUAUUCCAUUCCCUAAUUGACUGUCCAUAACUAUUCAAUUCGAUAUUGGUAUUGCACUUUUAGAGAAAUAUGAAGGGACCUUUAUAUGCGUGCACUGAACAAUGGUCGUUUCUUAACGUUGUCGAGGUUUUCGUCAGAAUCUGUGGUUUUCGGCGUCAGGUCAAGCUGAUAGAGCACAUUUUUAAAUGGUAUUACAUUGCUCUGUGGUGUAGCUAAGUGUGAGUGUAUUUCAUGUCAAAUGUAAUGGCCAUAUGUUUUUCCCAUUUAUUCUAGAUUAUCUGCUAAGCAGUUGAAUGGCCUUAAAGUGGGGUAGAUUAUACUUACUAUAACUACAGUACUAAAGUAUUUUUUUGUACAGUACUACUUAAUGUU